GCUAAAGUGAAAUAAAAUAUAUUUGCCUCACUCUAACUUAUUGCACCAGUGCAACAGUGCGGCUGAAAAGAACAGACCUAAGGCGUAGGAGCGCGUAUGCGCGAGAUUUCAUGGGUGCAACAAUUUUGACGAAGCCCGGCGAGUCGAGAGGUUAUGGCAAAUGGAUUAGGUUGAGAAAACCUGCCGAGGCACAUAGGUUCAUCGGUAAAUCUCGAUGCCAUGAGAACUGCACAACGUUCGCUACAACGGCGUACGAUGAUACUGCAAGAUGUUACGUCGACGUCAGCCUUGAGUUAAAGCGGAAUAUGGAUAAUUGUCUACGAUUGAUUAUCUACAGGGACAACGCGAUUUUCGAUAAUGUUAUUAUUAGGCCAGAGUGUGUGGUCAGACAUGAGCAGAUUACCGGCAAUCAACAAAGGAUCAACACAUCCGCACAAGACGAGGACACGAGUGACAAGUGCGCAACUCGUCUGUGUACGAGGGGAUUAAUCUCUUACCUCGUCUCGGCUUACAUUGCAACUCUGUCAAAUUCCUACGUUUAUCGCAACAGUGCUCUAAGAGCGCUGUUCAGGUGGUUGCACGUUAAACUGCACGAUAGAAAAUGUGUACAGAUAAUAUUUAUAAGAUUGAGGAUGCCAAGAAGGCAGUUCUUGGACUACAAAUGGAACGAGAGAUUAACGCAAAUGGUGUUGGAGAGGCAAGAAGCUGAUCACACUAUGUCUUGGUUAUCCACUUUAGGAGGAGCAUUCUCAGCACUGGGUGAAGAAUUCGAACACUGUGCUAAGAUGGCAGGCAAGAUUUCAGUAAGGCAGUUUGAAUUGGCAUUGCGUCUUGAUAAUCCACUUCUUGUUGCUCGUUGCAGACUAUAUUCUGCUUUGAGUUUGAUUCAACGUGGUUACUUCAGGGCGCCGAGGUAUAUAAUCAAACAGAUCUACAAGUUUGCACUCGAAGAGAAGGACUGGCGUCUACAGAACAUGUGCCAUGGCAUUUGGGCCAAGUUGCAAUACUGUCACAAGCAAUACAAGCAACAAAAGAAACUCACAUCGUCCAAAGCCUCACAUAUAUCGUCGAAAGUUUGAAGCGUUUAACAUUUGUAUAAAAGAUUCACUUUUGUAACAGCACAUUGAUAAUAUAGAAAUUGUUUUAAAGUCGCAAGUUCCCCUCCCCCAUGUCUAGCAAAACUUCUCUCGAUUGAGGUAAAUCUAUGUGGCUCAUACAAUCUUGUAUAAGGUAAAUGUCCCAAUGAUUGAACUAACAAAAAUGCAAUUUUACAUUUUUAUUAAUAUUAAGAAAAAAAUAAGUUGCACUAUUAAAUAUUAAUUUACUAAUAAUUACUAACGUUUAUAUAAAACCUUGAAAUUAGUCAGCAAUUGAGAAAUAAUAGAGAAUAAAAUUCAAUUAUGAAUAUCAAUUAUAAUUUUAAUGAUGUAUUAGAUAAUACCGAUUAAAUAUCAGUAAAUGAAGUGAAAAAGUGAA